UAACUCCGAGAAGAAAGCGACCGUGUUUUUUUCUCAUUAUUAUUAUGCGUCUGUCUCCUUUUAACGCAAAUAAACGAAACCGUAUCGAAAUAACGCGCGUUUAUGAACAAAAUUUUGACGAACCUAUUUUACUGUAAUCACAUUUUAGUAUUUUACAUUCAAUUUUAAUUUUAUAUACAACGUGUGUUAUAUUUAAAUUAGUGACGAUAAGUAUCGUAUUCUUCGUCCGUGGGCCCUCAUGGUAUUACUGUAUUGCAUAUUUCUACAGCCAUCGGGAUGGGUGGCGGGUGACUAUGUUUACAUCAGUGCCCAACUAAUAUAACGUUUGUAAGUACUGUUUUCAAAAAAUAUCUUCCAUCCCACAUUUACUUGGAGAUGGUCCUUUUGCGCAAAUGAGACUAAAAUACCAUCAUUACGGAUGAACGGCCUCCGAUUGAGCCUCUCCGGUGUUUGGUCAUGGCAUCAAUAUUUGUUCAUGUAACACUGCAGAAAUUUAUAAUAAAAAUCAAAAUUUCGUCUAUGAAAACGUCUUCCCAAGAGUUAUCUUUAUUGGCGGUUGCUGUAAAAAACGUUUGUAUGUACGAGGAACCAGCCAUGGACGAGAAUCCACCUGUAAAGAAUGGGGAUCCCAUGGAAUUUUCCUCCGAUGACAUACUUGGUGUAAUGAAAAAUAUUUCAAUGGUCAAAAAUGGCCUAAUGUCUUAUGAAAAUGAUACCGAACAAAUUGAAAUUGGUAAUAGUGAUGCAGAUGCAAUGUUUACAAUUGGGGAUAAUGACUUGAGUUCUUUUGAAAGAGAUCUAUUAGAUAAUGUAAUUGGAAUGGCUGAAGAAGAAGUUGUUACUCAAUAUGAUGAAACACCUACUGUAAAAGAAAAUUUCAACAAAUUUGUAAACAAAGGUAAAAUGUUAAGUGAGCGACUUCAAAAAAUAUUAUCAAAGUUACAAAAUAUACAACUAAAAACUAUGAGCAAGUGUUCCACUCAAGAAAUCUAUAAUGUGUUACAAUCACAAAAAAGUAAUGCUAUUAAAAAUAUCAAAUCAACAUUGCUCAAAGUUCAAAAAAGGCAAUCCAAUCCAUUUUUGAAAAGUUUACUUUGUGAUGAAAUUAAAGAUGGUGAAAAAGUCUUUGGAAUGCUAGAGUCACAAAUUAAAACAGUAAAUGAAGAUUACGACUCGGAAGCAACAGCUAGUGAUUCAGAAAGUGAUACAUUAGGAGAAACUAGUGAAGAAGAAUUACAAGCAUCUACUUGUCCUAUAGAAAAAAGAAAUUCUUGGAAAUGGCUUCAUGAACGGGCAAGUAUUGCGUACAGAUUAACUUGGUUGGUUAAUGUUAUGUCCGAUAUAGAGUUCAAAAUCAAUUUUUAUAAUGAAGCAUUAAAUCGAUAUUCUUCUCAUCCAUAUAUACAAGACCAGGAAGAAGAAUCUGGUAGAAGAUGUUUUCCAUAUGAACCAAAAACUCAGCAUAGAAUGUUAAUGCAACCUCCACUCAUAAACCUGGCUGCAGCUUUAAAAAAGGGAGACAAAGCCAAAUUAAAUCGUAUUAAUCCAUGUGAUUGCUAUGGGAUUGAUUCUUGUCCUACUUGUGUAAGUCUUCAGCGCCAUUCAAAUGAUUCUGGUCAUUUUUUGAGUGAUACUUUUCACCCAGUCCUAUCAUAUUCUAAAGAUAUUUCUUUGAAUGUUGCGUUAUCUAAUGAGUUAGGAAAAUCAUCGUUUCAUCAAAAACAAAAAAAUAAGUCUUCAUCUGAUACAGAUUUUAAUAAAUAUUUUGUGGAUCGGACUCCUGAACAAAGUCCUACUAUUAGGCAAGUUCCACCUGUUAAAUUACAAAACGCUUGGCCUACCCGCAAUGAUCCAAUUACUAAAUACAAUCGAAAUCAAAGACAAGCAAGAAAAAGGAGACGUAUACGUUAUAGUAAACAUAAAAGAAGUAGAAUGGAUGAAGAUUAUAAAUAUAACAGUCGAAGAAGUAGUGAAAGUAUUUGUGACGAUGAUGAUCUUGAUGAGGCUUAUGAUGAAGACAAUUAUGAUUCUGAUCCAGAUUAUAGCCCUUGGUUUCCAAGAACAGGAGAUAAAACUUACAAUGCUAAGCGUGAGUAUGAUAUUGACAACAUUGUAAUACCCUACAGUAUUGCUGCUGCAUCAAGAGUUGAAAUGGUCAAGUAUAAAGAAAUAGUAACCCCUAAAUGGCGAAUUGUAAAAGAAUUAGAUGUAGAUCCAGUUGAAUUUGCUGCAACAGUUCCAGAACCAGAAGUUGUUGAAGAUCUUGAUGAUGGUAAACGUAGUGCUCAUCAUGAAGCAUGUGAAAUGGAAGAACGAAUGAGAUUUAGAACUAUAAAGAAACAAACAGAACGCACACAUAAGAAUAGUGGUCAUUGUAGUAGUGGUGAAAAUACAUCUGAAGCAAUGUCGCCACUAUUUGAAAGUCGAUCCCCAAUGCCUACUGUUGAAGAGGAACCCGAUGCAGGACCUAGUACUCAAGAUUGGAACCAAUAAAAUAUUUUUAUUAUUGAUAAACAAAUAUUGUAUAUUAUAAUCUGUAAAAACCAAAGUUAAUGCUAUAGGUUAGUUACACAUAUAAUUAAUUGUCAUAUUUAGGUAUAUUAUUUUUAUAUAAAAAUUAGAACUAAUGUAAAAUAUGUUUUCUUUACUUGUUGUAUUAUACAAGUUGUAUAGUAAAAUA